AUGUCCCAACAGGAGUCUGCAUCUUCUCAGGCUAAAGAGAAUGGCGAUACUCCUGUACUAAACGGCUCCCGUCCCGAAGACGCUGAAGCUCCUGAGGAGCAGGCUGAUGCUGGCGUGGACGCCAUCGUGACUCUUACCGUCCUCCUUCCCCACGCUCCGCAUAAAAUCCAGGUGCAGGUGUCCACCCAGGAACAAGUCCACGAAGUUCGGCAAUCUCUGAUCGAUCUUCAAGCCGCUUUCCAAUACACAUGCUUCCGCCUCGAACACAACGGAGAGCGCCUCAAUGACUUCAUCACUCUCGCUGAGGUCCCCGAGCUUGUCUCUAACCCCGAGAUCAAGCUCGUCGAGGAGCCUUACACCGAGAGGGAGGCUCGUCUGCACUUCGUGAGGAUCCGGGAGCUCAUCGGUGCCGCUGGUGACCGCUGUGACAUCACCUACGGUAUCCUUCCUGGUACCUCCCUCCUCGGAGACUUGCCCGUUGAGCAGCAGGGUGCGGAUGCCAAUGCCGCCAAUGCCCAAGGGUCCCCCGUCGCCGAUUACGACUUUGACGCCACUCCUGCGCUUUCGGCUCUCGUACCAGCUGCCGAGCAAGCUGCUCCCAAGACGAUAAAGUCGAUUGCUCUCUCGUCGUGGCAUCCGCCUCCUUGCCACCUCCGACAAAAGGGUCACCUUCUAUACCUUGUUGCUUCUACCAACGAGGGCGAACAGUACCAAAUCACGUCACAUGUCGGAGGCUUCUACGUCAACAAGUCGUCGAACGCCAAGUUCGAUCCCUUCCCCAAGGGCACUCCCAAGGGCCACCAGGCGCACUCGCUCCUGAGCCUCUUGGAGCUCAUCUCCCCCAGCUUCACCGAGUCUCUUGCCAAGCUGCACGAACACAACGGGCGCAAGGACCCUCUCGCAGCCUUCCAGAUCACCCACGCCAUCCCCGCCGCUCCCUGGGCCGUCCCUCCCUCGAGCGCUCCCCAGUGCACCCACCAACCCGACCCCGCGAGAUCGCAGGAGACGUACUUGAUUGGCGGUAUUGAGAAUGCCGACACUCUCCGAGAUUGGAACGAAGAGUUCCAAUCUGCCAAGGAGCACCCCAAAGAAUCGGUCCAGGACAGGGUGUUCCGCGAGCGCCUUUUGGCCAAAUUCUUUGCCGAUUACGUCGACGCCGCUACGCGAGGUGCCAUGAUGGUAGCUCGAGGCGAGAUCCCUCCCUUGAACCCCACUGAGUGCACCGAUGCGCAGAUCUUCGUGUAUAAUAAUGUCUUCUUCUCCUUCGGUGCUGAUGGAGUGGGCACAUUCACCACCGAGGGUGGUGACGAGGCUGCCAAGGUUGCUACUAGCAAGGACGUCGCUGGCGUGCGUCUUGUGAACCAGUUGGACAUUGACGGCCUCUUCACUGCCGCUACCGUCGUCGUCGACUACCUCGGUAAGCGCGUCGUUGGUCAGAGCAUCGUCCCUGGCAUCUUCAAGCAGCGAGAGCCUGGUGAGCACCAGAUCGACUACGGUGGUGUUGACGGCAAGGAUGUCGUCACCGCCGACGAGCGAUUCGCCGCUCCCUUCGAGAAGCUGUCCCGCGCGCUCAAGGUCAAGAAGCACCCCGUCUGGGAUAAGGAGGGCAAGCGAUUCGACCUCGAGGCCAGUGUGGAGACCAAGGGACUUCUCGGUACCGAUGGACGCAAGUACGUCCUCGAUCUCUACCGUGUUUCGCCCGUCGAUAUUGCCUGGUUGGAGGAGACCGAGGCGGAUGAGGCGUCUAGCAACGGAGCUCGUUACCCUCACAGGAUGACUGUCCUCCGUCCCGAGCUUAUUGACCUCUAUGCCAGGCAGAAGAUGAAGGAGUGGGUAGAUGCUGAGCUGGCGAGCCGCGCCAAAGCUAAGGAGGAGGAGGCCAAGGAGGAAAAGAAGGAGGAGGAGAGCGCCGAGGGUGAUGAGAAGAAGGAGGACGACGUGAGCAAGGAUCAGAUUGAUCUCUCCAAGUUCCGAUUCUCCCUCAACCCCGACGUCUACAGCGGCCAGGUCCCUCAGACCGACGAGGAGAAGGCCGAACUCGAGGCUGACGAGAAGAAGGUUCGCGAGGUCUGCCAGUACUUGCGUGAUCACGCCAUCGCUGGCUUCCUCAAGGACCUCGUCGAAUCCGAUGCGGGUUUCCCCAUGGACGGCUCGUCCCUCAGCCGCCAGCUCCACAAGCGUGGUAUCAACAUCCGAUACCUCGGCAAGAUUGCUUCCCAGUCCACUGAUGCUCGCCUCAAGUGCCUUCUUGAUGUCUGCAUUCAGGAUAUGGUUUCGCGAGCCUUCAAGCACAUCGCCUCGGGCUACCUCCGCCGCCUGCCAUACACACUUGCGCCGGCCUGCAUCUCUCACCUCCUCAACUGCCUCCUUGGUUUCCGCGUGAAUGCCAAGCCUAGUGCUGAUAUUGACUCGACUCUUUCGGCUCUCUACUCGGAUGCUGAUCUGUCUUUCGAGAAGGUCACGCCUCAGAGCCUCAGGACCAGCAUCGAGGAGCAGGUGGCCCAGCGAUUCAGGUACACUUUGCCUGAGGACUGGGCGGAGCAGGUCAAGCCUCGCCAGCUUCUCCGAGAGGCCAGUCUCAAGCUUGGUCUACAGCUCCAGGCCCGAGAGUACAACUUCGGUAUCGAGCCGGCUACUGAGCAGGCUGCUCCCGCUGCCAGCGAGGCUGCCGCUCAACCCGCGAACGGCAAUGGUGAGGGCAGCAAUAAGAAGAAGAAGAAGAAGGCCAGGGAUGGCUCGCCCGCCUCGACGGCGUCCAACGCCGCGGCCAACACCUUCACCUCGGAGGAUAUUCUGAACAUCGUGCCUAUCGUGAAGCACUCUGCUCCUCGCAGCUCGCUCGCUGAGGAGGCGCUCGAGGCUGGCAGGAUCUCGAUCAUCCAGAACCAGCGCCAGCUCGGCCAGGAGCUCCUCCUGGAGUCCCUCUCCUUGCACGAGCAAAUCUACGGCAUUGUCCACCCCGAGGUUGCCAGGGCGUACAACACGCUCUCGAUGCUCUACUUCCAGAUGGACGAGAAGGAGGUUGCCGUCGAGCUCGCCAAGAAGGCCGUUGUAGUCUCUGAGCGCACCGUUGGUGUCGACUCCCCCGAGACCCUCCUAAACUACCUCAACCUCGGUCUCUUCGUUCACCAGGCUGGCGACAGCAAGGCGGCCUUAACGUAUGUCAGGCACGCUCUCCAGCUAUGGAAGAUCAUCUACGGGCCCGACCACCCCGACUCGAUCACGACCAUCAACAACGCCGCCGUGAUGCUCCAGCACCUCAAGGCUUACCACGAGUCACGCCUGUGGUUCGAGGAGUCGCUGCGCGUCUGCGAAAACGUCUUCGGCAAGCAGUCCAUCAACGCCGCCACGCUCCUCUUCCAGCUCGCGCAGGCCCUCGCGCUCGACCAGGACUCCAAGGCCGCCGUCAACCGCAUGCGCGAGUCGUACAACAUCUUCCUCAACGAGCUCGGCCCCAACGACAAGAACACCAAGGAGGCUGAGAGCUGGCUCGAGCAGCUCACGCAGAACGCCGUCUCCAUCGCCAAGCAGGCUAAGGAUAUGCAGGCCCGCCGUCUCCGUGCCGGCGUCACCAGGGUUGGCGCUAACCCCCGCGCCGCUCUCGGCCAGGCUUCCGUUAGGGGAGGCGUCGUGCCGUCGGCUGCUGCCGCUGGCGACGCUCCCACCGUCGACUCCAGGAGCAUCGACGAGCUGAUUCGGUACAUUGAGGGAACCGACCAGAAGGGAAAGAAGGUGAAUAAGAGCCGCUCGGGCAAGAGCAACCCCAAGAGGAGAGGGGGCGCUUCUUCUGCCUCGAAAUAA